GAGUCAUUUUGUUACCACCAUCGAACAGAGAAGGGGCGACUCUCUUCUUAGACCUAUAUUAUUGUUAUUAUUAUUAUUAUUAUUAUCAUUAUUUAGUGAUAAAGACAGGCAGUUUAUUCAAGCUUUGGAUAAGCUCCUCUCGUCGAACUCAAGCUGGAAAUUCAAGCUCAAAAUGGCAAGGUUUCGUGGCCUUCUCCUAUUGCUUGUCCUGAUCUACGCGACAGGGGUUCGAGUCGACGCUGGAGAAAAAGGCGUCUUCAGAACAUCUGGUGCCGCGAAAGUGAGCGUCACCCUCCCGCCGGAGGAGUCUACCUCGACGCUGCUCUUCUGGGCAGAGUCGCCCAACACGACGGUCAUUUUGAAUACGUUCGUCCAGUUUCCUUACCAAGUCGAUUUCAACGUAACUCAGACCCACAUCUGGCACAUUGCUUAUCUGUAUCAGCCGGCAUCGUCAUCCAGUAACCUGUCUUCCAUCGUCGCGCACUCCUGCGCGAAAUACGCAACGUUCACGAACGACACAAUAAAAAAUAUUACGAUCUCCAGUGACAAAGAAAUGCACUGGAUGUUCUGUGGCAAUAUCUACGCUUGUGGACUCCAACCUCCGUCAGCCAUUUCCUCCGGAGUUCCCGCCGGCUACCUGUUCGAAGCCCUCGUCGGGGUAUCCGCCCUCAGCGUGCUCCUGAUCGUGGCCGUUGUGGCCCUUGUGGUCAUCCUCCUCAGGCAGAAAGAGGGCGAACAUCACUACGAGAAAGCUUUGUGGCCCCCAAUAGUACCUCCGCCCCUCCCGGAGAGCCUAAACAACUCCCUCAACAGGAGCUUCGACGCCAACGUCAUCAAGACGGAGGGCGUAUAUAAUAAGGGCCGCGAGCGAGACUCCCUAGAAGUCGACCCUCCGGAGUGUCCUCCGGUCGGUCAGACGACGUGGAAUGACGUCACAGAAGACCCCAGGGCGUCCAUCUUGGAUUACGUGAGCGUCAACAGCGUCUAUGGCAUGGCCAUUUAAAGAUUGACGAGUUCUGCUAAGCCUUUUGAUGAGGUGUUUUCUCUAAAAAAAAUAAAUAAAUAAAGAUUCGGGAUCAUUCACUUUGGUUAGAAAGCUUAAAUAAAGCUGUGCGGGUUAUAAGGCCGCUUUCUUGGUCAAAAUCUUUAGUCCCCUUUUACGACAGUUAAUGGGGGUUUACCAUUUUGAAAUAGUCCUAUAGUCCCAUUCUAUAACAGCUAAUGGGGUUUUCCAUUUAUAAUAGCCCGUUAGACGCAUUCUACAAUAGCUAACGUAGGUUUGCCAAUUUAGAACAGUCCUAUAGUCCAAUUCUACAACAACGAGGGGGCUGUUUGCCAACUAUAACAGUUUGCCCUGUAACUAAUUACUGAGUAAUUUACUAGAUAAGAAGAAGAGGAAGAAUAAUUUCGUUUUCUUUGUAUAUGUAAACCUCAAAAUAAUAAUUGACAAUGUGCUACCGUACUGUACAUAGGGAAAUUAUUGAGAAAUUAUUUUUCUUAUUAUAACACACGGAAAUUGUUUCUCUCAUUACAACACCGAGGAAUUAUUAAAUUAAUCAUAACGAUCCCUCAAGUCAAAUAAGACCCGAUAUUAUAAAAAGAUACCGAUGAUAGAGAGUUUGAACUCUUCUGGAAUAUAUUGUAACAUUAAGAAGAUGAAAAUGUGAAUUUACAUAUUGAAACUGAGGUGUUUCUAAUGAAAACAUAAUGUUGUAUUUAUUUAGCAAUAAAAAGCAAAACAAGUU